AACAAAGCACUUUACUCAAAGUCAGUGCUGAACUCAAUCCCAAGAUAACACUUACCAAUUCCGACUUGUCAAUCAUCAUUCUCAUCUCAUUCUCAUUCACCUUUUUUUUAAAUCUUUAACAAACUCUCAACUUCAAACCCAAUCACAAUGGAAGCCAAAUUAGCACGUGCAUCUCAUCGUCAUCGUCAAUUGGCCAUUCAUCACAUCGAACGUCAAAGGGCAGCAGCCAUCAAAUUACAACCUAAUAGUAACAUCACUCUUCCAUAUCAUCAUAUUCAAUCUAGUUCAAAGGAAGAUAAGAUUGCUGCUUUACGACAUCGACGUAUGAAAGCUGCAUCUGUUGAAGAUUCAAAUCUUAUUGCUUGUGAUCGACCUGUUCGUCCAGUCAUCGAUACUAAUUCGAAUGAUAUGAAUCCAGAUCAGUCUGAAGAAACGGAAAUUUUGAAUGAACAAGUUAACUGGAGAGCUGCUGUGUCUUUAGAAGAAGUGAUGGUAGAGAAGCGACCAGCCAAGAAUCGAAUUGACUCCUUUGAACUAGUUUGUCCACCAAUCUCUCGAGUGAUAGCUUUAUCAGAUGAACCAUCCACAUCUGAUUUUCCACAAGAAGGAAUAGAAGAAGAUGAAGGAUGGGAAAGGAUUGGAAUUGAUGGAGAACUUGAACUUGAUCAUGAAACCGAAGUGGAAGUUCCUACCACUCGAUCUUGGGUUGGUGUGGUACUUGGAUUAGAAGAGAAACCUAAAGGAUCAGAGAAGUUUGGAAUUUAAUUGAAGAUUUAGGAUUAGGAGUUGAUGUUUCUGUUACGCAGUCUUUUGUCUCGAUUUGAAGACGGUGCUUGUUCUUGGUCAUAUUUAUUCUUAACAGAUAAGGUUCAAAGGUUUCAGUCUUGAAGUCUUUGUGGAACAGGAAAUUUGGAAUCUGGAGAUCCAAAAGCUUUUCCUCUCAUCUUUUCUUUUGGUUAUCUUUUCUUUUGGUUGUCUUCAAUUUGUAUUUUGUAUCAUAUUAUAUAAGACUCACAAGAUAUAUAGAAGCAAAGUUGACUCCUAUUAGUGUCAUCUGCCUUUUGUUUUCUUCAUAUAACUUCAGGGUUUCUUUGUAAGUUGUAUCAUCAGUAUUGCAACCUUAUAAGUUGUUUGUUUUUUACUUGACAUCAAUCAAAUCAAACUCUCAAUGUAUUGUCUCUUGCUUAUUUACACCUUGUUUUGUUGCUCCGCUUGUUUAAGUUGGAUUAGAAGAAUAUACAAAUUUCAACUUUUUCAUCGAUUCU